CGCGCCACCAUUCGCAGCCUCGGUUGUCAAUCACCGAGUCCCGGCCAAUGAUUACUCACUGGCAGCUGGUGAUCGCCAAGUAUCUCCGACGGAGGAGAGACUUGUAUGUAAACCAUAUCUCCUGCACACUGCUUUGCAUGUCUCUGUAUAGCACAGCCAUUGAACACACACACAGCACACAGUAAAACAGCACACAGUUAACCCUUUGAUCGCCCCAGAUGUUAACCCCUUCCUGCCCAGUGCGAUUAGUACAGUGUCAGUGCUUUUUAUUAACACUGAUCACUGUAUUGGUGUCACUGGGAAUGUCAGUGACACCACGUCAGUUCCCCCCAGUGUCAGAAUGCCCACCACAGUCCCGCUAUAAGUCGCUG